CGCCCAAGAGCUCUUUCGCUUUCCGGCCGCUCUCCCUGCCCGGCUCCUGAAUUUCACGGAAAAAUACGUGGAUGCAGCCGACGCGUCGACAGCGAACCACAUGAAAUUGCCGGCGGCCGAGCGAGUCCGGCCUGGGAAACGGCAAUUUCAUAUGGUUCGCAGGAUGCUUAACAUUUUCAUGACUUUCUCGCCCCCUCAGAAAACUAAGGUACCUGCCCUCAGCGUGCAGGACGAACCACUGCUGAGAGAAAACCCCCGCCGCUUCGUCAUCUUUCCUAUCGAAUACCAUGAUAUUUGGCAGAUGUAUAAGAAAGCUGAGGCUUCCUUUUGGACAGCCGAGGAGGUGGAUCUUUCCAAGGACCUCCAGCACUGGGAAACCCUGAAGCCUGAAGAGAGACAUUUUAUAUCCCACGUUCUGGCUUUCUUUGCAGCAAGUGACGGCAUAGUAAAUGAAAACUUGGUGGAGCGGUUUAGCCAAGAAGUUCAGAUCACAGAAGCCCGCUGUUUCUACGGCUUCCAAAUUGCCAUGGAAAACAUACAUUCUGAAAUGUAUAGUCUCCUCAUUGACACCUAUAUUAAAGAUUCCAAGGAAAGGGAAUUUCUCUUCAACGCCAUCGAGACGAUGCCUUGUGUAAAGAAGAAGGCGGACUGGGCCUUGCGUUGGAUUGGGGACAAAGAGGCUACCUAUGGAGAACGUGUUGUCGCUUUUGCUGCAGUGGAAGGAAUCUUCUUUUCUGGUUCUUUUGCAUCGAUAUUCUGGCUCAAGAAACGGGGACUGAUGCCUGGCCUCACCUUUUCCAAUGAACUUAUUAGCAGAGAUGAGGGUUUACACUGCGACUUUGCCUGCCUGAUGUUCCGACACCUGCUACACAAACCUUCGGAGCAGAGAGUCAAAGAAAUAAUUAUCAACGCCGUUAGGAUUGAACAGGAGUUCCUCACGGAGGCCUUGCCAGUGAAGCUCAUUGGGAUGAACUGCACUUUAAUGGAGCAGUACAUUGAAUUCGUGGCAGACAGACUUAUGCUGGAGCUGGGUUUUAACAAGGUCUUCAGAGCAGAAAAUCCAUUUGACUUCAUGGAGAACAUUUCACUGGAAGGGAAAACUAACUUCUUUGAGAAGAGAGUGGGCGAGUAUCAGAAGAUGGGAGUGAUGUCCGGUCCAACAGAGAAUUCUUUUACCUUGGAUGCCGACUUCUAAAUGAACCGAAGGUGUGCACUUCGCUUAUUUUUCUCCCCUUCUCAGCAAAAGAAAAACCCAUUUGAACUGUAUCGACCAGGUAUCACAUGAAUUUGUUCGUAACGUUCAUUAAUGACAUCUUUCAAACUGUAGCUACCUCGAUAUUAGUCCUAUUAGUUAUGCGAGUGGUGUCACCUAGAAUGAAAGUUUAGACAAAAGCUAUUCUGAUGAAAGAUUUUGUCUGUGUUUGGCUUUUGCAAGCAGGCUGGCUGUAUGUGACUUCACUGCGCUCUUAAGAGGUCCUGGCCUUAGGGUGCGGACUCGGGCGAGUCUCAUGAGCGGGGUUAAGCAUUCAGUCACCACCCCAAGGCCACUGGAAGAUGCCAGCCUCGCUGCUACAAAGCAGAUUUUAAAGUUUUACUUAGAAAAAAGUGGCACUUUACACACAAAUAACCAUUGUUUAUAUUGUUGACAUCAAGUCCUGACUUACCUAACCGGUUUGGUUUCUGUACCAAAUACAAAGUAUUCUUUUGACCACUGAUGGGAGCUAACUCAAAAUUUACUGGGUGACCAAAAUAAGUUAGAUCUAUGUAAUCUAAGCAUGUUAUUUCUCUUCUUUAUUUAAAGAAUUGGAGUCUCUUUUCAUCAACUUUAAAUUCAAUCCUGUGCAUACCUAAGUAUUAGCCAGUUGUGUUACGUAGAGAAUGGGUCGUGUCAGCCCAGGUUGAGUCCUGGGAUAAGAGAUAAAGGGCAGGAGCUUCUGACUUAAAGCAUUAGGAAUUGAAAUGUGAUCUGGGCCGACUGCUGGUACCGUGGGUGUGUGAGGGUCAGUAUCAUUUCAUUUCUCAAAUAGUAUUUUCCCCAACUGCGACUUGGUAUAAAAGAUCCUUGAAGACUCAUCAUAGCUGGGAUCUAAUAGUAUUAUAAAUUGAUUUUCAAAUCAUCCUUGAAUGAAAUGACCCAGCUAAGAUCGUGCUCCUAUUUAAGUGGUAAAACCAGGACUGGAAUUGGCUCUCCAAAAAUUGUUUAUUCUGUGUGUAAAUAGGUACUAUUGUUUUAAUAAUACAUUUAUGUUACUAGCUGUUUUAAAUCAGAAAAA